CCCCCAACUAUAAAUACCCCGAGUAUGCCCCAACUAUAAACACCCCGAAUAUGUAUAAAAGAGAUAUCAGUUUUUUCCAUCUCUGACCAAUUUUCUAGGAACCCUAAAUUUGGAGAAAAACAUCAGCGUAAGGAUUAUAAUCUGUUAUUAAUACAGAGAAUUUUAUAAAGGAUCGAUCAUGGCGGAUUUGAUAGUGAAUCUCCCUAAUCAUCCCUUUGGAGUUGCCCCGACUCUUCCGAACGUAGAUCUUUCUAAACACCCCUCUGGAAUUGUUCCAACCCCUCAGAACGUGGUGUCGACUGUAAAUCUGGGUUGCAAAUUGGACCUGAAAUCUAUAGCAUCACAAGCUAGGGAUGCAAAAUAUGCUCCGGAGCGUUUCUGUGCGCUGAGCAUGAAGAUUGCCGACCCAAAAACCACAGCCCUAAUCUUCGCUUCCGGGAAGAUGGUUUGUACGGGAGCCAAGAGCGAGCAUCAGUCGAAAGCGGCGGCGGAGAAGUUCGUUAGAAUUAUUCAGGAGCUUGGAUUCCCGGAAGCCCAGUUCAGUGAUUUCAAGAUUCAGAACAUUGUCUGUUCUUGCGACGUCAAAUUCCCCAUUAGGCUAGAUGGACUUGCUAACUCGGAAGCUGGAUCCUCGACGUAUGAACCUGAACGGUUUCCUGGAUUGACAUAUCGUAUGAAACAACCCAAAGUUGUAGUGCGGAUUUUCCAAUCAGGCAAAUUGGUCAUCACUGGAGCAAAGACUAGGGAUGAAAUAUAUGCUGCGUUUGAGAAAAUCUACCCUAUUCUGACUCAGUUCAAAUGGAAGAAUCAGCCAUGACCGAAAAAGUGGAGUUUCCAGCCGAAGAAGAAUCUGCAAUGAUGGGAAACAGGAGUUUGGCGGGAAGAAGCAAAUAUUAAGCGUAAAUUCUUCAAGGAUAAGCUCAAUUUGUGACAUUGCCUUAUCUUUUUUAUUUUCUCUGUUAUUAUGGUUUGAUUUUUAAGAAACCAAAUCCAACUCUUCCAAACAUUUGUCUAUCUCAAUCGAAGCCAUUAAUUGUCUGUACA